ACCUGUUGGUGUACUUGACUCUGGCCCAACAAGCAUGAACUACUCGACAACUGUCGUAAAGGCUGUAAAAGUUGAAGUGCUGCAGCCUGUUGCUCCGGCGCUGUUGAAGCAGCAUGUCGUGGCUCUUCGGCCGGGGGAAGGGCUCCGGUUCGCCGCCAGUGGACGAGCAGGCGGCGGCUGCUCUUGCUGAAGGAGCCGGAGGUGAAACAGGAGAUCCAGGGGGAGGCAAACCCGGGGACAAAUGGAGUAACUUCGACCCGACUGGGCUGGAGAGAGCUGCAAAAGCUGCAAGGGACCUCGACAAAUCACGACAUGCCAAAGAAGCGCUGGCCCUGGCUCGUAUGCAGGAGCAGACUGUACAGCUGGAGCAUGAGAGUAAAGUGAAAGAAUAUGAGGCAGCUGUGGAGCAGCUGAAGGGCAAGCAGAUCCACCUCCAAGGUGAGGAGAGACGCAAAACACUGGCAGAGGAGACCAAGCAAAACCAGGCAAGGGCACAAUAUCAAGACAAGCUUGCCAGACAGAGGUAUGAUGACCAGCUCAGGCAACAGCAAUUCCUCAAUGAAGAGAACCUCCGCAAACAAGAGGAAUCAGUUGUGAAGCAAGAGGCCAUGAGAAAAGCUACCAUUGAACAUGAAAUGGAUCUGAGACACAAGAAUGACCUGCUUCGCAUUGAAGCAGAGGCCAAAGCCCGUGCCCAGGUGGAGAGGGAGAACGCGGACCUGAUCAGGGAACAGAUCCGCCUGAAGGCUGCUGAACACAGACAAACUGUCCUUGAAUCUAUAAAGACGGCAGGAGCUGUGUUUGGGGAGGGAUUCAGGGCCUUCGUCUCUGACUGGGACAAACUCACAGCCACGAUUGCUGGGUUGACCCUGUUGGCAGCAGGAGUGUAUUCUGCCAGGAACACCACCGCGGUGGCCGGGCGCUACAUAGAGGCUCGUCUAGGCAAACCCUCACUGGUCCGAGAGACCUCUAGGAUAACUGUUGUAGAGGCCAUCAAACAUCCAUUCAAGACAGCCAAGCGCCUGAGAAGCAGACCACAGGAUGCCUUGGAGGGCGUGGUGCUCAGCGCAACAUUGGAGGAACGUGUAAGAGAUGUUGCCAUUGCCACUCGUAACACCAGGCAGAACAGAGGCUUGUACAGAAACAUCCUGAUGUAUGGACCCCCUGGAACUGGAAAAACACUCUUUGCCAAGAAACUGGCUCUCCAUUCAGGGAUGGACUAUGCCAUCAUGACAGGUGGCGAUGUGGCACCCAUGGGGCGCGAUGGAGUCACGGCCAUGCACAAGGUGUUUGACUGGGCCAGCACCAGCAGGCGAGGCCUCUUGCUGUUCGUAGAUGAAGCUGAUGCAUUCCUACGUAAGCGAGCCACUGAGAAAAUCAGUGAGGACCUCAGAGCCACCCUGAAUGCAUUUCUCUACCGCACUGGGGAGCAGAGCAACAAAUUCAUGCUGGUGCUUGCCAGUAACCAACCAGAACAGUUUGACUGGGCCAUUAAUGACCGUAUUGAUGAGAUUGUAAACUUUGCGUUACCUGGUCUGGGUGAGAGGGAUAGAUUGGUACGCCUGUAUUUCGACAAAUUUGUGCUGGGUCCUGCCACUACAGGGAGACAGAGAUUAAAACUGGCCCAGUUCGACUAUGGCCAGAAGUGUUCAGACAUUGCAAAGCGAGCAGAAGGCAUGUCCGGUCGUGAAAUCUCCAAACUUGGUGUGGCCUGGCAAGCUGCUGCAUACUCUUCUGAAGAUGGAGUUUUGACCGAAGCAAUGAUUGACUCAAGAGUUGAUGAUGCCAUCAAGCAGCAUGCACAGAAAAUGGACUGGCUGCUGAUGGACGCAGGUGUGGGGGUUGGCAAGGUUGGUGUACACCUCCCUAAGGAAAUGGCUGCAGGAAUCACAGCCCAGAAUGCUUCUUCAUUGGCACAAUAUGAAGCAACAGCCCCGACUGUACAACAAGUCCUUCCACUUCUAGAGGUUGUGAGCAAUGCUGUCCAGGCAGAAGCAGCCGCUCAUCCUUCAGAAGUGGAGGCAGAUGCUAUCCUCAAAGAGGCAGCCACAUUGGUUAAAGAAAGUGAAGUUUUGAAUGCUACCGUUGAAACCGUUGUUGAGACAGUUACUGCUGUCCCUUUGGUGCAGGAGGUCGAGGCCGUCAAGGACCUGACUAAGGAGGUUCUAGGUGCUGCUGUAGCUACAGACACUGUUGUUCCUGAGGCAAAGGAUAUAGUCACUGAAGUUAAAGAGGCUGAAGGUAUACCAGUUUCCACUGUCCAACAAUCUGCUGCUGUGAGUAAAGAAGAACCAACUGCUGAUAUAGCUGCUCAAGGGACUGAAGUCAUUGAAGUAGUCAAGGAAAACAAUGUAGCACACUCAGAAACAACAGUCUCUGCUGUUGCUCAGGAGAAGGAAUUAGAUGUUGUUGUCUUUAAUGUUGUCCAAGAGCCAGAGGCUGUAUUAGUUGGACUCUCCCAGGAGACUGAUGUCCAAGAAACUGAGUCAGCUGCCACAUCUGUUGAUGGAAUAGAAACUGAAGCCAUUAAGGCUGAUGAGGAAGUUGCAACUGUUGCUGUAAAGGUUGCAGAGGAAAUUGCAAACAAUGUAGCUCAAGUGUCAGAGUCGCUGGUAAACAUUGCAAGAGAGGCUGAAGCAAUAGCAGUUGAUGUAGCCAAGGUGGCUGAUGCCGUAGUAACCAUCACUGAGGAGAUGGAAGCAGUAGUUACCAAGGAGGUUGAAGCCAUGGAAAAUGAAGUUAAGGAUCCAAAUGAGGUUGUUGUGGAAACUGCAUCUGAAACAUCCGAGGUUACUAAAGAGUUUGAAGUGGUAGUGACCGAUGGGGUCAAGGAAUCUGAGAGUAUUCCUGCAGAGGUUGUUAAGGAGGUUGAACUUGCAACCACUGAGACUGCUGCCAAGGAAACUGAAGUCCUCUCAAUGGAGUCUGCCAUUGAAACUGAAGCCAAGGAGCCUCAGACUACUGCCAUUGAGUUUGCUGCAGAAGGUCAGACUUUGGCUGCAGAGAUUACUGCCGAGGAAGCCAAAGUCACACCUGCAGAGGUUUCCACGGUAGCUGAAGAGGUUUCCACGGUAGCUGAAGACCUAACAACCAAAGAGGCUGACACUGAAUCUGCAGAACAUGUGAAACUGACUGAGAAUACUGAGGUCGCUGCCAAGGAAGCGGAGGCCAAAACAACGAAGGCUGUAGAGGAGGUAGAGACUGUAGUAACUGAAGUCAUCAAUGAGACUAACUCUGCAGCUGUUUCCAAAAUAGAAACCACGGUUGAUACAGAGACUGCAGAGGUUUCCAAGGAAGCCAAAGCCCUAAAAACCAAGGAGGCUGACACCGGGGCUACGAAAGAUGUGAAACUGCCUGAGAAUACAGAGGUCGCUGCCAAGGAAGCUGAGGCCGAAACAACAAAGGCUGUAGAGGAGCUAGAGACUGUAGUAACUGAAGUCAUCGAUGAGAUGAACUCAGCAGCUGUUCCCAACAUAGAAACCAAGGUUGAUUCAGAAACUGUGGCGUCAGAACAGUCUGAAAAACUUGAGAGUCCAACCACCGCAAAGUCAGCUCAGACUCCCAGCACUGGAGAAGCAGAACCCAGUCACACUGAAAAGCCGCUUUCAAACAACCAGAGUGGAGAUGAAAACGAAAAACCACAAGCCAAGCCUAAGCCAACAAAAUGACCUUGUGAACACUUUGAUAAAAUGCUUUUGUGAAAAAAGACCUGCUGGAAUAGUUAAA